CCUCGCUCGGCCCAGCUACCGGAUCGGCGCUUCUCGCCUUCAGCGGCCGGCCUGCUGCUCCGAGCCCGCGGCGGCGGCGGCGGCUGCAGCGGCGGGCGGCAUGAGCGUGUGAGAUGCGGCCGUGGGCAGCCCGGACGCGAGCAGCGGUCGCCGCGGUAGCGGAGAAGGCGGACGCGGCCUCCUCAGCGCGGGGCGCGCAGUGCAUGAGGGCGAGCACGCGGGCGCUGGGCAGCCACCGGCCACGACGUUUCCAUAAACACUUGUUUAGGACUCGUUCGCCCCGCUGAGGCCCCGGCACCCCCUUCAUGGAGGCCCCGCCAGACCCCAGGCCCCAGCGCGCCCCGGAGGUGGCGCGGCUCCGUGAGGAGCAGGAAAAGGUGGUCACUAACUGCCAAGAGAAAAUCCAGCAUUGGAAGAAGGUAGAUAAUGACUAUAAUGCUCUUCAAGAAAGACUCAGUACUUUGCCUGAUAAGUUGUCUUAUAAUAUCAUGGUACCAUUUGGCCCCUUUGCCUUCAUGCCAGGAAAACUCGUCCAUACUAAUGAAGUCACUGUUUUACUUGGGGACAAUUGGUUUGCAAAAUGUUCAGCAAAGCAGGCUAUUGGCUUAGUUGAGCACCGGAAAGAACAUGUAAGAAAAACGAUAGAUGAUUUAAAAAAAGUGAUGAAAAAUUUUGAAUCCAGAGUUGAAUUCACAGAAGAUUUGCAGAAAAUGAGUGAUGCUGCAGGUGAUAUUGUUGACAUAAGAGAAGAAAUUAAAACUGACUUUGAAUUUAAGGCAAAACAUCGAAUUGCUCAUAAACCUCACUCCAAACCAAAAACUUCAGAUAUUUUUGAAGCAGAAUUUGCAAAUGAUCUAAAAUCCAAGGAUCUGCUUGCUGAUAAGGAACUGUGGGAUCGACUUGAAGAACUAGAGAGACAAGAAGAAUUGCUGGGUGAAAUUGAUAUUGAUAGUAGUAAGCCUGAUACUGUGAUUACAAAUGGAGAAGAUAUGUCCUCUGAAGAGGAAAAGGAAGAUCAGAACAUAAAUGUGAAUAUGAUGCAUCAAGUAACAGACUCUCUCACCCUCAGCAAUUGUUAUAACAGUCUUACAAAUUCAGAACUCUUCAAUGGUCAAGUGAAUAGUCCAUUGAACUAUUCAGUGAAUGGUUCAAAUUCUUACCACAGUAAUGAAGAUGAUGAUGAUCAUGAUGGUAAUGAUGAUGGUGGUGAUAAUGAAAAUGACCAUGAUACCUUAGGGGUUGAAGAUAAUUCUAUACCAACAAUAUAUUUUUCUCACACUGUCGAACCUAAGAGGGUCCGUAUAAAUACUGGAAAAAAUACCACCUUAAAAUUCAGUGAAAAAAAAGAAGAAGCCAAGCGUAAGCGAAAGAACAGCUCUGGCAGUGGUCAUUCUCCCCAAGAGCUGCCUGUGAUCAGGACUCCUGCUGACAUUUACAGGGUCUUUGUUGAUAUCGUGAAUGGAGAAUACGUCCCUCGUAAGUCAAUCCUGAAGUCUCGGAGUAGAGAGAACAGUGUUUGCAGUGACACCAGUGAGAGCAGCGCCGCUGAUUUUGAUGACAGACGGGGGCUUCUGAGAAGCACUAGCUGUGAAGAGGCUGCUUGUAGUGAUGCUAGUGAGAGCGUUUUGGAAGAGGAGCAACAAGAAAAUCAUCAGAAGAAACCUUUGCCUUUAUCAGUAACACCUGAGGCUUUUUCUGGAACUGUAAUAGAAAAAGAGUUUUUGUCACCCUCCUUAACAUCACACCCAGCCAUGGCUCAUCCUGUGCUACCCACCAUUCCAGAACGAAAAGAAGUUCUGUCAGAAGUAUCAGAAGGAACUACAAAGAGGGUUUCAAAGUUCAAAGCUGCCAGACUGCAGCAGAAAAACUAGGGCCUGCCUAGGAAGUGGGAGUUUACAUCCUAAAACCUAGUUUUGCAAGUGUUUAGAAAAUGUAUAGCAAAAUACGUUACAUGUAAUUUGAAAUAAGGCAUCCUGAGUAAAUUUGGCAGCAAGUUCUCUUACUCUUAUUAGUGGUAUUAAAAAAAAAUCAAAGUAAAUAUUGAAAUACUUUUAAUUUUCAGCUUAUUUUGUUAAUUCUCUGAGUACUGUCAGCACUCAUUGUUUAGGUUUGCUGUGUCAUACAGUGGCAGCAUUUUGAUUAUUUUUCAAAGAAUGCUGUUGAUGUGUGUUGUUUCUGUGUUUCAGACUAAAUACUGGCAGUUUUGUUCCAGCUGCGAUAUUGUGCACACCAUAUGGACCAUUUUAAAGAAACUUUUAAAAUUUCAAAUAGAUUCAACAAUUACAUUACUUGCUUUACCUUAUUAAAGGCACUUUAAAAAAAAAAAUCUACUUCUUGUAGGUUUUGCAGCUAGGUGGCUAUUUAAAAAAUCUGUCCCUGUUUGACUGACUGUUAUUCUAUAAUCUCUAUGGUAGAAAGCUCCAUGUACCCAACAGAAAGUUUCUUUGGUGGAAAGAACGGUAUUUUGUAAAACUUUUUUUUUUUUUAAGUAAAAAUUUUAUGAAA